AUGGCUCAGAAGGCGAGGGUUGCGUGGCCGCGUAUUUUUUUGUUCGGUGACUCGCUCACACAGCACUGCUUCUCAACCGAAGGCUGCUGGGGUUCUGUUGUUGCCACUGCGUUUGAGAGGAAGUGUGACGUGGUGGCACGUGGAUUCUCGGGCUACAACUCGCGCAUGUGCAAGUACGUGCUUCCCCGUGUCCUGGGCCCAGAGGAUGCCAGCACGGUGGCAGCAUUCGUGAUCUGCCUCGGCGCCAAUGACUGCUCCAGCUUUGUGGAGGGCGGGGACCCCGCUGUUCCCUUACAUGAGUACGUACGGAACAUGGAAGAGAUGCUCUCGUAUGUCAAGAUAUGUGGUAUACCGGAUGAAAAUAUUGUAAUCAUCACUCCACCAGUAGCAGAUAAUGAUGCCUGGAUUGCGUCCCGCAAAACCUCCGGGCUUCCUUUGAAGUACCGAAGCGUCAAUGUCAUUUCCACCUAUGCCAAUGCCUGCAAAACUCUGGGGUCAAAGAGGAACCUCACUGUCGUCGACACCUUCACAGCAUUUCUAAAAGAGCAGAACUGGAAGGAUCUGUUCGUGGACGGACUGCACUUCUCCCAGGCCGGGUCGUACAAGCUCGCCAAUCUGUUGAUCCCGCCCCUGGAGAAGAUCGUCGGCCAUCUCCCCAGCAUGUUCCCCGACUUCAGAGACCUCGAUGCAAUCCACCCCGAGGAAUCACUGCGCACAUGGUCUGCCACUGACUAGUCAUCGUCGCAGCGUCAGCCAGCCGGUUUUUAGCGAUUUCCUCCCAGUGCAUAAAAAGACAGGAUUUU